GCAUACAAUUCUCAAUAAUCGUGCGUGUGUGCUCAGUGAAGUGUUGUGAAGUAAAAGAAAAGUGAGAGAAAAAAAAAACAAGAUAAACAUGUCUGGUCGUGGUAAAGGUGGUAAAGCUAAAGGCAAAUCAAAAUCGCGCUCAAAUCGUGCUGGUUUACAAUUCCCUGUCGGUCGUAUUCAUCGUUUAUUGAGAAAAGGCAAUUAUGCUGAACGAGUUGGUGCGGGUGCUCCCGUUUAUUUGGCAGCAGUUAUGGAAUAUUUAGCAGCUGAAGUUUUAGAAUUAGCUGGAAAUGCUGCUCGUGAUAAUAAGAAGACUAGAAUUAUUCCACGUCAUUUGCAGCUGGCCAUCCGUAAUGAUGAAGAAUUGAAUAAACUUCUAUCCGGUGUAACAAUUGCUCAAGGUGGCGUGCUACCAAAUAUUCAGGCAGUGCUCUUGCCUAAGAAGACUGAGAAGAAGGCCUAAACAAAUAAUACAUCAUACAUCAUAAAACAAAGCAAUCCGUCCUUUUCAGGACGACGAAA